CGUAACUAAUUAGUAUAAAUUAUUUUUAUUUUUACUGUAAUUUAUUAUAUUUUCUUUAUCACGUGAUAUUACUCUUUUAGCAGCAGUGACUUCACAUGACUCUCAAUUUGACGUACAAGGUCUACCUGCGCCUUUACAACUUCCUGUAUGUGUAAUUUUGCUCAAUUUGUAAUUUGUGUACCAAAUCCCCUCCUAAAUUUACACAACAAAAGCAAAAAAAGGUAUUAUGACUCAAUAGAAUCGAUUAAUUACAAGAUAUAAAUGUGCAACUUUCUAAUUUAAUCAAAUCAAGAAUAAUAUAAUCUAUUAAAUAACAACAAUGGCCAAAUUGUGAUAAUUCAUUUCCAUUUGGAAUGGCAAGUAGACGUGAUGUUUUGAAAACUUCGAUGGAUUCACUGCCAAGUGCCAGUGACCCUUUAAGGGAACUAUUUGAGGCCUGCAAAGUUGGAGACAUUUCUAGAGUAAGGAAACUCGUCACGUCUGUUACAGUGAAUGCUAGGGAUACUGCUGGGCGAAAAUCUACACCACUUCAUUUUGCUGCAGGUUAUGGAAGGCGUGAUGUAGUAGAAUUUCUUUUAUCUACGGGCGCAUCUAUUCAAGCCCGUGACGAUGGUGGUCUUCAUCCUCUCCACAAUGCAUGUUCAUUUGGACAUGCCGAUGUUGUAAGAUUGCUAUUGGAAGCAGGAGCUAAUCCAAACACGAGAGAUAACUGGAAUUAUACUCCUCUACAUGAGGCUGCUAUAAAGGGAAAAAUUGAUGUUUGCAUUGCUCUUUUACAACACGGAGCCGACGUCAACAUCCGUAACACCGAAGGCAAGACGCCCUUGGAAGUAGCGGACGUUUCAACCCGUCCCGUCUUAACUGGCGAGUAUAGAAAGGACGAACUAUUAGAAGCAGCUCGGUCCGGUGCGGAAGAUCGACUGUUAGCUUUGCUAAAUCCCUUAAACGUCAAUUGUCACGCUAGCGACGGAAGGCGCUCCACACCGUUACAUCUUGCUGCGGGUUACAACAGAAACAGGGUGGUACAGUUGCUGCUUCAAAACGGGGCCGAUGUUCACGCGAAGGAUAAAGGUGGUUUAGUGCCUUUACACAAUGCCUGCUCCUACGGGCACUUCGAAGUAACUGAGAUGCUUAUAAAACACGGCGCAAACGUCAACGCUAAUGAUUUAUGGGCGUUUACGCCGCUACACGAGGCUGCCUCCAAAUCGAGGUUAGAAGUAUGCUCGUUACUGCUCUCCGAAGGAGCAGACCCUCAUCAACUGAACUGCCAUUCCAAAUCUGCCGUAGAUGUCGCUCCUACGAGAGAACUACAAGAAAGGCUUGCUUAUGAAUAUAAGGGGCAUAUUUUGCUCGAUGCAGCUCGACAGGGCGAUACCACUAAGUUGAAGAAAUAUCUGACUCCUGAUAUUAUUGGUUUUAAGCAUCCAUAUAGCGGAGAUACGGCUUUACAUGCUGCUGUCAAUUCACUGUAUCCGAAGCGGAAACAGGUCUUGGAAACGCUAAUCAGAAAAGGGGCGCCUCUAAACGAAAAAAACAAAGAUUUUUUAACUCCUCUACAUUCAGCCGCCGAUCAUUCUCAUUACGACCUUAUGGAUGUAUUAUUAAGACACGGUGCCAAAGUGAAUGCCCUUGACGGGUUAGGUCAAACAGCUUUACAUCGAUGCGCCAGAGAAGACAACGUCCAAGCUUGUAGGAUCCUUCUCAGUUAUAGCGUAGACACAACGAUCGUGUCCCUACAGGGUUAUACGGCGACCCAAGUUGCUAGCGAGAACGUUUUGAAGAUCCUUCAAGAUCCACCAACGGGUACUGCUGAUAUCGAAAGUCAAAUUUUGGAGGCCGCCAAAGCGGGGGAUAUUGAUCAGGUUCAAAGACUUUUGGGUUCCUAUCCGCACAUAGUGAAUUGCCGAGACUUAGACGGAAGGCAUUCGACGCCUCUGCAUUUCGCAUCCGGAUACAACAGGGUGGCUGUGGUCGAAUUUUUACUUCAACAAGGGGCCGACGUUCAUGCCAAAGAUAAAGGAGGUUUGGUUCCUCUACACAACGCCUGUUCCUAUGGACAUUACGAGGUGACCGAAUUGCUCGUAAAACACGGUGCUAGCGUGAACGUGGCGGAUUUGUGGAAAUUUACGCCACUACACGAAGCGGCCGCCAAAGGAAAGUACGAAAUCGUGAAACUAUUGCUCAAACAUGGGGCCGAUCCAAGUAAGAAAAAUCGCGACGGAGCUACCCCAUUAGAUUUAGUGAGAGAAGGCGAUCAAGACGUCGCCGAUUUGCUUAAGGGCAACUCGGCCCUCUUGGACGCGGCUAAAAAAGGUAAUUUGGCUAGAGUACAACGACUAGUAACUCCAGAUAACAUCAACUGUAGAGAUGCGCAGGGUAGGAAUUCGACGCCAUUACAUUUAGCAGCUGGUUAUAAUAAUGUAGAGGUGGCAGAAUUCCUUUUGGAAAACGGAGCCGACGUCAAUGCCCAAGAUAAAGGGGGUCUAAUUCCUCUACAUAACGCGUCUAGUUAUGGCCAUUUGGACAUUGCUGCGUUGCUGAUCAAAUACAACACUGUUGUCAAUGCCACGGAUAAAUGGGGUUUCACGCCUCUGCACGAAGCCGCGCAGAAGGGAAGGACGCAGUUGUGCGCACUCUUGCUGGCACACGGUGCCGAUCCGUUCCUUAAAAAUCAAGAAGGUCAGGCACCUGUCGACCUAUCCUCCGCCGACGACGUCAGAUGUCUCCUUCAAGACGCAAUGGCUUCUCAACAGGGCGUACCCACUGCAUCGGCUCCGCCCUCUAGACCACCUUCGAUCGCUUUAUCGCACACGCCCAGUCCGCCUCUACCAUCGACCAACAUUGAAACCGUCAUAAUGCCGUCCGGAGCUGCCGUGCAACUGCUAGUGCCGAUCGGUAGCAGAGCCAGCGUGUCGAUGAGUUCAGGCUCGGGCGACGGGUGUUGCGCUUCGGUUAAAACGGAAGGAGAAGGCGAAGAAGGAGGCGCGUGCACGGUGUCUAAUUUCUUGACUAGCUUGAAUCUAGAGCAUCUAUUGGACAUCUUCGAGAGGGAGCAGAUCACUUUGGACAUUUUGGCUGAGAUGUCGCACGAGGAUUUGAAGCAGAUCGGCAUAUCAGCCUACGGUUUUCGACAUAAAUUGAUAAAAGGAAUGGAACGUUUGGUGGCUAGUUGCGGCGGAUUGUGGGUCACGCCUUCCAAUCCAGGUACACUUUUGGUCGAUCUUUUAACGGAUGACAAGGAAUUCGUGACGGUUGAAGAGGAAAUGCAAAAUAGUGUUAGGGAGCAUCGGGACAAUGGACAUGCAGGUGGUAUUUUUUCAAGAUACAAUAUCAUUAGGAUCCAAAAAGUCCAGAACAAAAAAUUGUGGGAGAGGUACACGCAUCGACGAAAAGAAGUCGCCGAGGAAAACAGCAACCAACCGUGCGAGAGGAUGCUGUUUCACGGAUCGCCCUUCAUCAACGCCAUCGUCCAAAAGGGCUUCGACGAAAGGCACGCUUACAUCGGAGGUAUGUUCGGUGCGGGCAUUUAUUUCGCCGAGCAUUCGUCCAAAAGUAAUCAGUACGUUUAUGGAAUUGGUGGAGGAACCGGAUGUCCCGCGCAUAAGGAUAGGAGUUGUUAUGCUUGUCAUAGGCAUCUGUUAUUGUGCCGCGUAACGUUAGGCAAAUCGUUCCUUCAAUUCAGUGCAAUGAAGAUGGCGCACGCGCCUCCCGGUCAUCAUUCCGUCGCCGGUCGUCCGUCAGCCGGAGGUCUCAACUUUCCCGAGUACGUCGUCUAUAGGGGCGAACAAGCGUAUCCGGAAUAUUUCAUCACCUACCAAAUCGUCAAGCCGGAAGAGUGUCCCGCCAGCACUGACACCGAAGUUAGGUGAUUUCCGGAGCAAUGGCUGAUGCUACAACCGACCAAAACCUUCAAAGAAUUCGUUUGCGGGAUGCUGUGUCACGCUUUGCGCUGCUUAACGCCGGCGAGGAAACAGUGCAGUUGUCAAGAGAGCAAAUAACUAGGUAUCGGAG